AUGAAGAGUAAUCCAAAAAAACAAGAACCAAUAGAUGUUAUGACAUACUUUACAUCAAAAUACAAGGACUUGGGAAGCGCACAAUUCAAACCUGAUUUUAUAUUUGCAUGUAUCACACUUGACCUUCCAGGUGUUUUGGAAGAAUAUCUUGGAAAAAUCACAGACGAUAAUGAAAAAAGAAUGUUGAUAGACCAAAAAGAGCAGAAAUACCAUUUCACACCACUUCACUUGGCUGUAUGCUUUAAACGCAAGAAGUGUUUGGAAAUUUUGUUGAACCAUGGAGCGAACCCCAAUAUAGUUGACCUUACAGAUCUCACACCAAUAUCGUAUGCAGUUGGACAAAUUGGUAGUUUGUCAAUGACAAAGUUAUUAUUAAGCAAAGGUGGAAAUGUGAAUUUCAAAAACAAGGACAAGAGCGGACAAGAAGAACAAACUUUAUCAUCCUAUUGUUGCAACUAUUGUGGAAAAUCAGAUGCUCUCAAACGUUGUUCUGCAUGUAGAUCAGUAUUCUAUUGCAGUAUCGAUUGUCAAAAGAAGGAUUGGCCAAAUCACAAAACCACAUGCUCUCCUGUUCUUCAAAGUGUUCGUGUUGAGUCAUCUCCAAUCGAUACAGAUAAACCACUGUAUGGAUUCAAUGUCAGCAAUGUGGUUGGCUCUCAGAUUGGAGUGAAAGCAAAAAUCAAUGAAUAUUCAACUACUGAGCUAGCAAAACAGCCAGUGCUCAAAGCUAAGAAUUUAGUUGGAAAGAGGAUCAUUGUGAAGAUUCAAAGUGGUCCUUAUGCUCAUUUUGUUUACAACAGUGACAGAUCAUAUAUUGGUUAUAUUAGAUCUACUGAACCAAGAUAUGAACAACUUAACCAGAAAAAUGAGAGUGAAGGUAUCAUGAGAAGGAAGGCCUACUUUUAUGCCACGAUCAAUACGGAUUCCUCCAUGGAUGUUGAGGUCGGAAAGCUUGCACCGAUACAAAGUUGGUAA